CCAUAUGCAAGUUGCACUAGUUGUUGUAACUGUACUGCUGAAACCACUCCAGACUUUGCCAGGGCUUUCCAAGGCAAUAGCUCUUCACACAGUUUGGAUGUUUCCAAUAGACAUUUGAAUGUUUUCAUCCAGUCUGGUGUGGCUGUGAAAAGUGAGCUUUUCCCUGUGAAGUUCGUGGUGAGUUUUGCAGCCUCACUUCCCAGCGUGGUCUGUGCUAUGGCAGCGACCUACAGGCUGAUGGUGACUUCAGUGAACUGCUACAGCAGCGUGGUGGUAGAGCAGCACUCCCAGCACACCGUGCACUACUGCACAGGCUCCUGCCAGCUCCUCAGACAGGGACUCGCCUGCAUAGUUGCUCACCACAGUGUCUGUGCAGAGCUCAGUGUCCAAGAUGCCAACCUGGACCAUAAAAUUCCUGUUUCUGAAAAUGGUCUUGCUUUGGCUGGAAAUGAGGACUAUCACCAAAUCCUCCCAAAUAAUCCAAGAAUCAAGAAGGGCUUUUCAGUGCAAACCUCCAGCAGUUUAAAAGACAUUACUGGUGAGGCAAUAAAUCUUGCCAGUGGUAAAAUAAAGGAAUUCUCCUUUGAAAAGCUCAAAAACUCUUCCAGUCAUGUGGCCUACAGAAAGGGAAGAAAAGUUCGGUCAGAAUCUUUCAGCAGACGAUCCUUUGAUUUUGACUUGAUUUGUGGGCACUUUAACAAUGAUGAGAACUGCCCUCCAUGUGGCUUUUUUCAGAGUCCCUCACCUGUAGAGAAAUGGCAGGAGAGCAGUGAUGCUCGAGAAGUCACCAUGAAUUCUGUGGUUCCCUUCUGCCCUCAUUCCUUCCCUGAAGAAAACCUCAUUACCCAGAUUUUAGAAAAACACAAGCUAGAUGGUUCUUCUGGUGGGGAUAUUAAGGUGUGCCUGGACAUCCUGCUCAAGUGCUCAGAGGAUCUGAAAAAGUGCACAGACAUAAUCAAACACUGCAUCAAGAAGAAGUCUGCAGAUGUUGGUGGAGGGAACAGCAAUGAUCCCCUGGCUAAUUCAGAGAUGAUGUACAUGAAUCUGAUGACAAGAUUUUCUUCCUACCUGAAAAAGCUGCCCUUUGAGCUGAAGACAGCGGGGCAGAGGGAAGCGAGUGACUGGGCAGAGCUGAUGAACUAUUUCCAUGGCUUGCAGCAAACUCCCAUUCCCCUGGUAUUUGGUGAUGAGCAGCCACCCAGGUAUGAAGAUAUCAUUCAGCUGCCAUCCUCAAGUGCAGUUCCUCUCGUUCUACCAGGUCAGGGUGAGGUGACAAGCACCUCCCAGUCCAUCCAGACAGGUACUGUGAGCUUCACUUCCAGCUCCCUGCCCGCUGUCCCUCCAGAGAGCAGCGUGAGAGUGGUGAAAGAUGCUCUACCUCAGUCACCAGCCCUGAGCCCCUGCGACUGCACGUCUGCCACUGAGGCGCUGUACAUCGAGGAGGAGUCUGAUGGGGACAGAACAGCAGGGACAGAGAAGAAGGCAGAGCAGAAGGGGAGCUGGCAGAGCCUGGAGCGCAGCUACCAGAGAGCUGCUGGUUCAGACCUUGCUGCUGAUGCUAAAGCAGAGCAGGCCAGGGCAGGAGAUGGUCCUGAGCGAACUGCUCCUUUAAAACCAGUGUCAGACCCUGUGUUGUGUGGUGCCCAAGCUGCUGUCCCCAAAGGAGCCCAGACAUGCAGUAGGGUGGACAAGGAGGAGAUAGACAAACUGCUGCUGGACUUGGAGAGCUUCUCACAGAAAAUGCAGAGUACUCUGAGGGAACCCUCUCGGAAGGAGGACGAACCUGCCUCACUGCAGGUGUCUGGCAGGCAGGGUAGGCAGGCUCCACCUCUAGUUCUUGAACCCAAAAGUAAACCUGCUGAUCCCCCCUCUUCUUUGUCAAAAAUCAUGGAGCCCAAUGGUCAUAAAAUGGAAGAGGAUGACAGAGCCCUUUUACUGCGUAUCCUGGGAAGCAUUGAGGACUUUGCCCAGGAGCUGGUGGAAUUCCAGACAGGCAAGGGAAGUUUGUCCAAGGAGAGGGAAGUGAUGCAAAUUCUCCAGGAAACUUUAGCAACUCCUUCACAGUCCUUGCUUGCAGGGCAAAAAAGCCAUGCUGGGGCUGCCUCCAGAGACUCUGUUCCAGCUUCAAUUCAGCAGGCCCCAGAAAUAAUAAAGGUUCAAAGCAAACAAGAGAAGAAGGCAGGAACUUCAUCCCCAGCCCCCCUGCAGCCUGUGGUUAGCACUUGCACUCCUCUGCCUGUGAAUAAAGCCACCAGCAGUACCCCUGUGCCCAUAAACAUUCCACGUUUCUACUUCCCUAAAGGACUCCCAAAUGUCUGCACUAACCAUGAAGAAAUUAUUGCCAGGAUUGAAGAGGCCUUUACAGAGUUUGAAGAUGGGAAAGCAAACAUCUGUGAAAUGGGGAAAAUUGCUAAGAUCUGUGGCUGCCCACUCUACUGGAAAGCACCUCUGUUCAGUGCAUCUGGGGGAGAGAGGACAGGACGUGUCUCUGUGCACUCCUUUGUGUCCAUGUGGAGAAAAAUCCUGCGGAGCUGCCACGACGAUGCCGCCAGGUUCACUUCCCUUCUGGCAAAGCCUGGCUGUGACUGCCUACAACAGGAGGACUUCAUCCCGCUGCUGCAGGAUGUGGUAGAAACUCAUCCUGGCCUCACGUUCCUGAAGGACGCUCCGGAGUUCCAUUCCCGGUAUAUUACAACGGUUAUCCAGAGGAUAUUCUACACAGUCAAUCGAUCCUGGUCGGGGAAGAUCACUCUCACAGAGCUGAGGAAAAGCAACUUCCUGCAAACUCUUGCUCUCUUGGAAGAAGAGGAUGACAUAAAUCAGAUCACAGAUUACUUCUCCUAUGAGCACUUUUAUGUCAUAUACUGCAAAUUCUGGGAGCUGGAUACUGACCAUGACCUUUACAUCAGCCAGAAGGAUCUGGCUAGGUACAGUGAUCAAGCUUUGUCAAACAGGAUCAUUGAGCGGAUAUUCAGCGGUGCUGUGGUGAGAGGCACUGAAGUUCAAAAGGAAGGGCGCAUGAGUUAUGCAGAUUUUGUGUGGCUCCUGAUUUCAGAGGAAGACAAAAGGAGUGCUACAAGCAUCGAGUACUGGUUCCGCUGCAUGGACCUGGAUGGGGACGGGGUGCUGUCCAUGUACGAGCUGGAAUACUUCUAUGAGGAGCAGUGUGAGCGCAUGGAGGUGAUGGGCAUAGAGCCUCUGCCCUUCCAGGACCUGUUGUGCCAGAUGCUGGACCUCGUUAAGCCAGAGAGGGAAGGAAGAGUAACCUUGCGAGACCUGAAGAGGUGCAGAAUGGCUCAUGUGUUCUUCAACACCUUCUUCAAUUUAGAGAAAUAUCUGGACAAUGAACAAAGGGAUCCCUUUGCAGUGCAAAAGGACAUGGACAGCGACAGCCCCGAGCCCUCAGACUGGGACAGGUAUGCGGCUGAGGAGUACGAGAUCCUGGUGGCCGAGGAGUCUGGCAAUGAGCAGCUCCAGGAGGGAUCAUGUGAAGAUGACUAUGACACAGAUGAAGUCUUACCUCCCCCUGAAACUGGAGACAAGUCAGACAAGCUAAUUAUCUCAGAUCUCUGAGGAUAGAGAAGUGGAAGACAACCCAUGUCUUUCAAACUGGAUAGCAUUCAGUCCCAAGGCACUUGGGGGUUUUCCUUAAAUCUGUCAUUGGAACAAUGUGCUUAAUUUUGUACACUGAAACUUGAGACCCCUUUUUGUCUUCCUGUGUAAUUGCAAUAAGGUAAUUUCUAUGAAAAGGCUUUUUACAAUGUGUUAUUGUGCACACUCACUGAAAAUGGUGAUUGCACCUUGUUUCAUUUAUAUAUAAAUUCUGUAAUGUCCCCAGAUGUGCAAUAAAUGCCAGCAUCUAAUGAUUGUAACAGC